AUGGCGGAGGCCAUCGGCUUGGCCGCUAGUAUCGCUGGCCUCGUGCAACUCACUGGAUCUGUCUUCAAACUGCUCACCAAGUUCUGCAAGGAAGCCAAAGAUGCACCGUCAAAAGCCCAAGACCUCGCCAUCCAGACAAGAGAUCUUGCUGGAAUUUUCGAAAACCUGAGAUUGUUGGCUUCGGCGUUGGAAGAGCGAGAGUCCAAUCCAGCGCUCAAACCGCAACAUCUCGAGUCGUGUCAGAAGACAUUGAAUGAGAUUAGUAACAAGCUUGACAACGCGCUUUCUGACUUUGAUGGCGGCAAAUCAGCACGGCGUUUCGUUCGCAGGUUGAAAUGGCCCUUUUCACUGCAGGAGACAAAAGAUUUGGUCGCCGAGCUGGCCAAUCAUCGCGCCAAUCUUCAACUUGCUCUCGCUGCAGAUAGUAUGGACGCUUUGAUCAAGAGUCUGGCCAAGCAGGAUGAAAUUCAUAGCAUAAUCGAAAGAAGGAUCAGUUUUGAGACUCGAGUAGAGCUCAACAAGCGGCGCAAAGAGGUCAUGAACUUCUUCCUGCGUAUAAAACCUCAGGACUAUCUCGAUGUUAGUCGCGAGCUCCGGCAUGAAGCGACUGGGUCUUGGCUUACCAGCGACGAUUCAACCUUUGAAAGGUGGAAGAAUGGAUCAAACUCUCAAUUGUGGCUCAGCGGUAUCCCAGGCAGCGGAAAGACUGUUCUGUGUGGACUUGUCAUAGAGACUGUUCUUGAACAGAGCGAUGAUAUGACUGCAGUGUGUUUCGCGUUCUGCGACUACAAAAACCCGGACUCGUGUCUCCCCGAAAAUAUCCUGGCCGCACUUGCAGUCCAACUUGGUCUCCAAGGCGAGGAAGCCUUUGACCUUCUCGAUGAAUACUUCGACAUGCUCCAUCCCGAUGAUAAGCUCCCUACCAAACCAAGAUUAGACGACCUUAUGGAGCUCUUUGGAUCCAUGUCUGAAGCUUAUAAGAAAGUAUUUGUUAUCGUUGAUGGGCUAGACGAAUGCGGUGGUCAGGUAGCUCGUAUGACCCGGUCCUUGAAAGCUAUAGUAGAUGGAUCUGAGACUGUCAGCUCUGCCUUCUUUAGCCGAAAGGAAGAAGAGAUCCGUGAGCAACUCGCUGAGGGGUUUGAACACAUUGAGGUUUCAGCCCAUGUGAGGGAUUUGGAAGACUACACACUUGCAGAAGUCAGCAAGCGAAAGGUACUCAAAAGCAUCGAACGGACGAACCCGGAUCUCUAUAAGGAUAUCCUUCAUACUUUAGUGCACGGAGCUCAAGGAAUGUUUCGGUGGGUGGCUUGCCAGAUCGACCAUAUCUGUAGCCUCCCCAAUAACAAAGCUCGAAAGAGAGCUUUAACCGAGCUUCCACCAACUCUGAACGAGACUUACGAUCGUGUUUUACAAAGGGUCAUGCAAUGUCCGCCUGAAACACAGACCUGUGUCAGAAGAGCUCUUCAAUGGACAGCACUGGGAUCACCCAAGAUGAACAUCGCCAGUUUAUGCGAAGCAGUGUCGUUUCACCAAGACAUGGAUGCAUUCGAAGACGAUGAUAUCAUUGAGCCUGAGGUUAUAUCACGUAAUUGCGGAUGUCUGCUACGAAAGUCUUUAGACGGAAAUUACUUCGAGUUUGCCCACUUCACAGUCUUGGAAUACCUAGAACGGACUGAAGUCGGCGACUUUCGAUACUAUGAAGAGGAUGCUUACCGGUCAUUCGCGCAAACUUCGAUUAGUUACCUGUUGCUUCCACACUUCGAUCGGGUGCCGACUAUCAUUGAUACAGUCGAGGAAGCUUACGCCAAAGAAAGGAACCAAAAGCACCCUUUCUACAAGUUCGCCGUCUUUACCCCUCUGGGAGUACAGAGAAGCACAACUUCCUAUCUCAUCCACCUGAGAGUCAUGGAAGAAGAAACUGUGCUGGAACUUCUCAAGCGCCUCUUCGAUAUCCACAAGACUGGCAACUUCAGAGCAUGGGCUCACGCAGUACUUUCUGGGGGACAGAGCGUACUGUCUGGGGGACAGAGCGAACUGUCGACUAUGCAUCAGCUGUCAAAUGGCCCGUUGCAUUUCGCUGUGUUUCUGCUAAGUCCCAAUCUGUGCCAAUUUCUCAUUGACAAUGGUGUCGAUGUGAAUUUAGUGCGAGGUGAUGCCACUCCGCUCGCCAUGACGAUCGCCAUGACGAUCGCUGCUCUGGAAGAUGAAGGAUUCCUCCAGGAAAAGAUGGAAGACCCUCAUGUCAUGGAACAAAUGGCUCGCACUAUCAACGUUCUCUUGGAUAAUGGCGCUGAUACUUCAUUUGUCACCAAGGGCCAUAGUUGCAUGGCUUAUGCCAUUGACUCGUUGUCAGGUCAUUGCCUUCUCCAAUUCAUUCGUCCAACAUCUGCCGUGCCAGAAGAUGCAGUCACAGCCUUUUUGAAGUUUGAGUGCAAUGAUGAGUCCGAUGACUUGGUACUCGAGGCUAUACUUCGUUUAGCUGUUGGGGAUGAAGCUUUCCCUCAGUGGCAACCACUAGCAGCCACUGCGUUGUCUUUCUCUCGUGCUCGUGGCCUCACUUUAUCGCAAAUGGCUCUCAGCCCUACAGCUUAUAGGUAUAGUGACCUUGGGUAUCGACAAGCACUUGAGAUUGCUGCCAAGUUUGGAUUAGUCGACGAGCUGGCGACACUCAUCUCGGAUUCACGUUAUGGCGGCGUUGUUGCCAAGGCUAACGGUUUCGAGUUACUCAGUGCCGCGGCUAGAAGCACAUCAGCCAACAGCGGCAAGAUAGCCGAGAUACUUCUUGGAUCUGGUAUUAAUCCAAAUGUCUGUGGUAUCUCUGAACAAAACUGUUUGCACAUCAGCUGUAAUACAAAUAACACAGAGGUAGCCUCAGUUCUUCUUUCUCGAGGGGUCAAUCCCGGAUCUAAAGACGAAGAUGGCGAGAACUCAUGGCACGCAGCUUGUUAUAACGGACACGAAGAGAUCAUGACCCUGCUCCAGAAACAGGACGAAAACGCCUCGGUAAAUCUGGCUACUUUAGACAAAGAUGGCCGAACACCCUUUUCUGCUGCCCUUCAUGCCGGUCAUGGCAAGCUAGCACUCGAGUUAUUAAAGACCCUACCAGCCGAGGCAGAUUACUACGUGUCACAGAGCUCAAUAAUGAAUGAUGUCGCAUCAAUUGCUUCCUUGGAACUAUUGACUACAUUGCAAGAUAAAGGAAUUACAGACUUGGAUGUCUCGAAUGUGGAAACGACACCUAUGCACCAUCUGAGCGCCACAUGCACUCCAGAGUUUGCUCGAGCCUUGGCCGAAUGUUAUGAUCCGUUCUGUGCGGACAGCUCAGGGGAUUUCCCGUUUCAAGCGUUCUUCGAGCGCUGGCUUUAUCACAACACUUCUAUGGAGUUUGAUGAGACAAUACCUUUGGACCCCGAAAUGUUGAAGAUCCUCAUCCCAGAGGACAAUGAGUUUUCAAGUUCUGGUAAAGUGAAACAUGCUUGGGAACUUAUUUGUGCUGGCCUAGCGGUCGAAGAGAUCUGCUGCGACGCUGAUGACGAUGACCCUGAGGACAGAGGCUGUUACUAUUAUCUCUCUAGCGAUCUGACAACACUCUUUAAUCACGGCGUUCUCUCCUCGUAUGAGUGCACAAGAAAGAUAUCUGGUUUGGUUCCGCUAAUUGGAUACCUGAAGAAUUGUCCCAGCGAUCAAUUUUGCUCAACAUCGUUUGUCACUCUUGUAUCCCAAGUUGUGGACUCUUCAAAGCUCAGUACCUCGCUUGAGGCUGUCGACGACGGCUACCAUUUCUUCAGGUCAGCUAUUUUGACGGACAGUCCAGAGGUUAUUGUAAAGCUCAUUGAUCUCGGUGUUGACGUUCAUCGACCGGUCCCUGAGGAAAUGUCAAGCAAUCCCACGUCACUAUUUGAGAUAGCGUGUGGAGAAGCAAGUAUUGAAGCAUUCGAGGCCAUAUUGGACACUGGUGCUUCUGAAGGUAUCAACGCGGUUGGUCUGACUGGACAGAGCCCAUUGGAGCUAGUUGUCAAAGGUUCAAGCCCAGAUAAGAUAUUUCUGAUCAAAGGACUCGACGAUAAGGGACUUGUUCAGUCGACUAUCGCCCCCGCAACGCCGUUAAUAAUCGAGGCUACAAAGCAAAAUGACCUACCACUGGUGAAGUGCCUAUCGAAUAUUGGGUAUGACCCAUUUACUGUUGACGUUCAGGGCUGGGGAAUCCCCCAAUGGGCUGUCAAAAAACGUCAGCUUGAUAUACUCAGGUGGAUAGUCGAAAAGUCUUCUAGUCCAUCCCAGUGGCAACUCGCUCCUGCCUGCACCUGGAUAACUCCAAACGAAGCAAAGACACCGAUAGUUGAUGACGAAGUCAGUUUACUACACUUUGCAGCUAACGUGCCGGACUUCUUAUCAUACUUCUUGGAGAACCAGUUCUUCGAUAUCAAUAUUAGCACUCGCCACGGAAGAACAGCGCUUCACUGUGCAGCGAUGAAAAGUUCUAUGGCUUGCUGUCGGAUGUUAUUAGAUCAGGGGAUCAAUAUCUCCGCUCAAGACAAAGAUGGGAAACUUGCCGUAGACUAUGCCCUCGAGACUGGUUUCGACGACCUUGCCUCGUUUCUACUAGCAUCAGGCUCUCCUCUUCCCCGAGGCCAGGUUGCAGCAACAGGCGAAAUGAUAAAGGAUUUGACUUCCAACGAAGGACUUCAGCUCGCCCGAAGACGAGAAUUCGAAGCCGCCAUCACGAAUGGCGAUCUUGAGCAGUGCAAGGUGGCUGUCGGCCAGGGAUGUUUGAUCAACCAGCCUUUGCCAAGCUGUCACUCCUGCACCCCUAUCUUCACCGCUAUAAGAGCUCAGAAGCCAGUCAUCGUCAAUUGGCUACUCGACGAGGGUUCAAGCACAUGCAGCUUUUUUUGCAAACGUCACCCUACCCAAAAUCUGUUCACUCACGCUGUCACCGCCAUGGAGCCGUCAUCCUAUAUUGAGAAAUUCCUUUCAGCUGCUUUGAAGUCGCGAUCAAUUACUCGAGCACACCUUAUUGACGCCAUUUGCGACUGCAUUAGUAGAGGGAACUCCAAUGUCCUGAAGCUCAUACUGGGUCAUUGCAGAGAGAAUAUCGGUGAAUACUACAAUGCCUGGAAGGGUUACCUGAGUUCUGCCCUCGGCCCUGAUUCAGCUCAGCAGUUCACAUCCGCACUACUCAAUCACCAUAAUCCGGUGGUCUUCCCGCAUAGGACGCCAUUGCAAGUCGCAGCGGCAACUGGAAAGGUUAAGAUGGUGAAGUUCUUGAUUCAGCAAGGCGCUGAUCUAAACGUGUUUGAUAACCAUCACGACACCCCUUUGAUCAUCGCAGCCAGACACAACCAUGUCCUUGUUGUGAGGGAACUUUUACAACAUAAAGCCAUUGCUGGAACGAGCAACAUGUUUGGUAACACUGCCAUGUCGUUGGCUGUUCUCAUGGGUCAUUUAGACGUUGCGAAACUGUUAGCAGAAGAGCGACCAUCUACAUUACAGUAUAGGGACAUAGAUGGAUCAAAUCUUCUUCUCAAGGCAUCGCAAGAAAGCAUAUCGCUGCCCACCUUCAAGUACCUUCUGUCAAAAGGGCUGGAUAUUCACCAAAAGAACGAUGACGGGAUACCUAUGCUUGCUUUCCCUUCGCUUCAAGUCAGAUACAUCGACUACUUAUCGCAGCAUCGAUUGCUCGAUAAACCGUUACCGUCUCCCGCACCAAAUGCAGACAACAUUCUCAACAACGCCAUCGUGUUUUGCACAACGAGCCAGGUCAAGCGGUUAUACAGAUCCCUACCACCGCAUGAUGCCGGUAUUCUCUUGAACAUGAGGAGUAGACCUCAAGGAUCCCCUCUGUGUCUGGCGGUUUUUCGAAAUAAUGCGGCGAUGACGGGUCUGUUGCUAGAUCUUGGAGCGGACGUGAAUAUGGCAGGGUGUUGGUUUGGGACACCUCUCAUGUGCGCCAUUACCUUCGGGAAUUUAGAGCUGGUUAAGCUACUUGUCCGACGAGGCGCCAGUCUAGAACACACUGAUAAGAACGAGGAGAUGGUUAGUGGACUUGAGAAGAGUCUACCGUAUCCUGACAUCACUCGUUGGUUACUGGUUGGGCGGUUCCAAGAUCAGAAGAUGCUGGGAGAUAAGGCGUUCAAUGGUGAGUGCGCCAUUAGGCCAUGGAGUGGCAAAAGAGAGUACACGACUCUAUUGAAAGGUUCUCAUCGACGUCGUUGGGAAGAGUCGACUCUUGAUUACUGUAAAAGACUUGCUGAGCUGAAGCGAAUAAUGAGAGGGAGUGAGGCUUUUACAGAGUUUGUCUAG